AUUUUGACAGGCUAUGCAGGCAAGGAGUUAUAGGAUGGGAGAUUUGUUGCUGAUACUGUGUCUGUUAUGGAUCCCUUUUGAGAAUGACAGUCUAUCAGCCAAUUACGGCCCUUCUCAGUUUUCAUAUAACAAUCUGCUGAACUAUAAUCCAAAGUGAGCAGCUUCCUAGAAUGGAGUUUUAAGCAGUGUGUUUGAGCAAAACCUCAUCUACUCUUAUGAUGUAGCAAUUUUUUUUUUUAUGUAAUCACAGAAUAUUUUCAUAAUGCAAUCAAUGGGAAGCGAACAAAUUGAGAGCUGAGAAAUAGCGUUGUAAAUUGGGUGGCCUAAGCAACCGGUCAAUUAUAUGACCACCAACUUUUAUUAAAAAUUCAAAAUGAUGACGUCGAUGCUAGAACGAAGAAGGAAAGGGCCAGGUCUCUUCCUUCUCUUUCUCCCUAGCUUCUAUUCUAAUGAGCAAGGGGAGCAGGGAGAGUAUAUAUUGUUGGCAAACCUGAUAUUUUAGAUAGAUAUAGGAAGAGAGAGAUAGAUCAGAGGAGAUGGCAAGACGGUAUUGCUACAAUGAUGUCCUCCCAUUCACAGCCAUGGUAGCAGUAGAGUGCUCCAACGUUGUCCAGAACAUUCUAUUCAAAGCUGCUUCUUCAAAGGGGAUGAGCUACUACAUCUUCAUGGCCUACGCCUACGUUUUGGCCACCCUUGCUCUCCUCCCUUUGACCUGCUUCUUAUUGUGCAGAACAGGGCUUCCCAAAUUUGAGGUCCCUCUCAUCUCCAGACUUUGCUUUCUCAGUCUUGUUGGAUUUGCAGGUCAAUUAUGUGCGUAUAAAGGUUUAGAACUUGGCUCCCCAACCCUUUCUUCCGCCAUCAGCAACCUUACACCAGCUUUUACCUUCAUGCUUGCUGUCUUCUUCAGGAUGGAGAAAGUAGCAUUGAGAAGCGCAAGCACUCGAGCUAAAAUCAUUGGCACCAUAGCAUCAAUAUCUGGUGCAUCAGUAGUUGUUCUCUACAAGGGCCCCCAAGUUCUUUCUUCCCCAUGCUGGUCAUCAUCAUCUGUAUUGCUUCAACAGCCUUUCGGAUCAUCCCAAUCAAAGUGGGUGUUUGGUGGGCUCUUACUAGCUGCGUCAUAUCUUUUUUCUUCAUUCUGGUAUAUUAUUCAGGCCCAAAUUAUGAAGAUAUACCCAGAAGAGAUGAUUGUGACUUUCAUCUACAACUUGUCUCUGACCAUUUUAUCUGUACCAGUAUGCUUUCUAGCAGAAUCAAAUAUGAGUUCCUGGAGACCAACACCUAGGAUAGUAGCUGCUUCUAUCCUAUACUCGGGUCUUUUUGCAUUAAACUUCAGCACUGGUGUACACUCAUGGGGUGUGCGCUUGAAGGGGCCUGUGUAUGUUGCAAUAUUCAGGCCAUUGUCAAUUGUCAUUGCAGCCAUUAUGAGUGCCUUUUUCCUUGGUGAUGCAUUGUACCUUGGAAGUGUCAUUGGAGCAUUGAUCUUAUCAGCUGGGCUCUAUGCUGUACUAUGGGGAAAAGCACAAGAGGAAGACAUGACUUACUAUGACUCUGGGUCAAGUACUAGCUCUGGACCCUUGUCCGGUUGUAAGGUCCCUUUUUUGCAAAGCCACAGUGAUGAAGAAAUGUAGCUUACUGGCUCAAUGCUUCUUCCCUCAACCAUUUGAAUGCUAUCCCUGCAGAACGAUGGGAAUCAAAAGGUUUAAUAAGUUUCUUAGAUCAGAGUUGAGAUUAUUUUAGCUUGUUUCUUCUGGUUGAACCACUUCAGGUCAUGGAUUGACAAGCACAGCUUGGGCCAACAACCCCUUCUGGUUAAUAAAUCAGUUGCACCAGCCAAAGGGAGAGGAAGGGCCCUCCAACAAGGAAGGAUUUGUCUUGUUGUGUCUAUGUAACUAGUUAUUUGAGAAUUCUUAUGUUUUAAAAUAUUUGUCUUUGUUUGAAUUAAUUUUUGGACAAAAGCAUCAAGUGCUUUUGAAACAUAUGCAAAUGUCUUCAUAUGGUUGGCAAAUUGUAGAUGAAAUGUUUUAUAUAAUAGCAAUUGGUCUGUUGUGAGUUUUAUUUUUUUAUAUAAAAAAGUUAUUA